CAUCGGCGAGUGCUGGAGAAGAAGCCGAAGGAUGAUGCUGUCCGGCGGAAACCCUAAUGCUACCUCGCCAAGAACCCUAAUUUCUUCCAAUAACGGUAGAUUAUAUCUGGUUUUCUUCGUCCUCAGUAUGGACGAGGGCAGCGUCGACGUCGAUAUUGGGUUGGAUCGCCUCGGAAGAGCAAUCUGCUACGAAGUUUUUUUUAGUAAGAAAAGAGCAAUUCCACCACCCUUUUUCUUCCUUUUAUUUCUCUUAGUAAAUGAUACUGAAAGAGGACACUUCAGAAGGUUCAAUCUGACUCAAAUUCGUCUUAUGACGGCGUGUGCGGCGAGUAGAUCGUUGAAUGCACUGAGACUAUCAGGCGAAGUCAGUUAGUUUGCCGCUCAGAAUCCAUCAUCGAUCUACAGAUUUCCGGUUGUGGCUUCUAAUCCAAGUUCCGGAUCAUGCGUUGUUUCGUCCGAGCGUCCCGAUCUGUAACCCAGCGGUCUCUCCCGUUCCAACUGUGCCAUCAUCGACACAGACUCCUCGGCAUCAUACAUAACACUGGUCCUGCACAACGGGCAGGUCGAGUUCAUUCGGAGCCAUGUAUCGCUGCACGAGACGUGGAAGACAUGGCCGCAGUUGGGCAACCGUCGGAGAUACUCCCCUUUGCGGUACUCAAACUGGCAUAUCGCGCACUCGGCGAUCUCUCUCCCGCACCCAUCUGUGAUCGCCUCCUUGUACUGGAACGACGGCAUGCAACGGAUGACGGCAGAGGCCAAACCUCCACGGCUAGUUUGGCUCGUCGACUCCGGUCCGGCCCGGUGCUCGUCCGGAUUCGGAAACCUUCGUCGCUGUCUCCUCGACGCGGCCACACGAGUCGAGGGAAAGCACUUCUUCUUGAUGAGGAUGAUGAGGAUGAUGCAGGCGAGGCAGAGGAAGCUGACGGCAGCUGCGGCGAAGUCUUGACGGGUGGCUGCCCGGAGUAUCAUACUGGUCGAUUACUUGGUGGUGGUGGUGGUGGUGGAUGAGCCGGAGAGGACUUUGAGCUGGACUGGGUUUGGUUUUAAUGAGAGGGAGGAAGUGCAUCGAAUAGAUCAAGAGAAUCUUCGUGUUGUACGUCGUGCCUUGUCUUGGACGUUGGAGACGGGCGAUAGCGCGAUUUCCCAAGGUUGGCUCGGGGACUCAGAGAAGCUUCGGUCGUGUUGCUUGUGGAUGCAUGGCCGAAGGCAGCAUUUCUGCCAUUGGCCCUUUGAGGUUGAGCUCAGUUUUUUUUUUGUUUUUGUUUUUUUUCAAUCAACGAUCCAGAUAAAUUGAAACGCGCCAAUUUCAUAAGUUUUUU